UGGCUGCUUGCUAUGAUGGAAAGAGCGUUGAAUUGUAGCUAAUAGGUGUAGGAGUGAAAGGACCCGGGUGUUGAGUACAGUAGAAAACCCUCACUCUCCACGCUGAAUUUAAUUAAAGCAAAAUUAUAUUAUUUAUAUUUAUGCUUACGGCUAAUAUAUUGGUAUCCAUACGCUUUUAUGAGUGAGGCUAGCUUACCUAGCUAGUCAACAAAUAUCCAAGCAUGAAUUACGUUAGUUAACGUUAUCAGCUAGACCUGGCACUAGCACGUAAUAUUAGGGUUUUAAUUACAUUUGUAGUUCUAGUGCACGUAGCUAAUGCUAUCCAGGAGCUUAGUAAUAGACAGCUUGCUAACUAUGUAAUGUUAGCAGGCUGGCUAGCUAGCCAGCGAAUCAGUCUGCGUCAGUAAGUUAGAAUCUGGAAAGGCAAAGCAGUCAUUAUUUAAACGUAUUUUUUCGUGAUUUAAAAAAAAAAUCCGAACGGUCAAAGUGCAGAUUCAGUUGUACGCUGACAUUCUUAUGAACCGCAAGCAUGAACAGAAAGAAAGACAAGGGAUUUGAAAGUCCUCGACCUUACAAAUUAACCCAUCAGGCGGUCUGUAUAAACAACAUUAACUUUCAGAGAAAAUCUGUGAUUGGAUAUGUGGAGCUGACUAUUUUCCCAACGGUGGUGAACCUGAAUCGCAUUAAACUCAACAGCAAGCAGUGCAGAAUAUACAGAGUUCGAGUCAAUGACUUGGAGGCCCCAUUCAUUUACAAUGACCCUACGCUGGAAGUUUGUCACCAUGAGUCCAAGCAGAGAAACCUGAACUACUUCUCCAGUGCCUACACAGCGGCAGUCAGUGCCGUGGACCCUGAUGCAGGGAAUGGCGAACUGUGCAUCAAGGUUCCCUCAGAGCUAUGGAAGCAAGGAGACGAAAUGAAGGUGCUGAAGGUGUAUAUUGAGUUCUCCCUGGACCAGCCUAAAGGGGGUCUGCACUUUGUGGUGCCUGACGUGGAGGGCAGCAUGGCGGAGAGAGGCGCCCACGUCUUCUCCUUCGGAUAUCAGAAUUCCACACGGUUCUGGUUCCCUUGUGUGGACUCGUACUCUGAGCUGUGUACCUGGAAGCUGGAGUUCACAGUGGACGCCUCCAUGGUGGCGGUUUCUUGCGGGGACCUGGUGGAGACGGUCUACACCCAUGACAUGCGGAAGAAAACCUUCCACUACAUGCUGCCCAUCCCUACCGCGGCCCCCAACAUCUCCCUGGCCGUGGGGCCUUUUGAGAUCCUGGUGGACCCCUACAUGCAUGAGGUUACACACUUCUGCCUACCUCAGCUACUGCCCUUGCUGAAGCACUCCAUGUCCUACCUGCAUGAGAUCUUUGAGUUCUAUGAAGAGAUCCUCACCUGCCGCUAUCCGUAUUCCUGCUUCAAGACUGUGUUUGUUGAUGAGGCCUAUGUCCAAGUGUCCUCUUAUGCAUCUAUGAGCAUUUUCAGUACAAACCUCCUGCACAGCGGCAUGAUUAUAGACCAGACUCCCCUGACCAGACGCUGCUUGGCUCAAGCCUUGGCCCAGCAAUUCUUUGGCUGCUUCAUAUCCCGAAUGUCCUGGGCUGAUGAAUGGGUGCUGAAAGGGAUCUCAGGGUACAUUUAUGGGCUGUACCUAAAGAAAACGUUUGGAGUGAACGAAUACCGUCACUGGAUCAAAGAGGAGCUGGACAAGAUAGUGGAGUACGAACUGAAGACAGGGGGUGUUCUACUUCAUCCAACAUUCUGUGGUACUAAAGAAAAAGACAACCCCACACCUCACCUGCACUUCUCCAUCAAACACCCCCACACGCUGUCCUGGGAGUACUACAAGAUGUUCCAGUGCAAGGCCCACCUUGUCAUGAGGUUGAUCGAGAACCGCAUCAGCAUGGAGUUCAUGCUGCAGGUGUUCAACAAGCUGUUGAGCCUGGCCAGCACUGCCUCGUCUCAGAAGUACCAGUCGCACAUGUGGAGCCAGAUGCUGGUGUCCACCUCCGGCUUCCUCAAGUCCAUCUCCAACGUGUCGGGCAAGGACAUCGGACCCCUCAUCAAGCAAUGGGUAGACCAGAGUGGGGUGGUGAAGUUCUUUGGCAGUUUCGCCUUCAACAGGAAGCGUAACGUACUGGAGCUGGAAAUCCGACAGGAUUACACAUCCUCGGGGACUCAGAAAUACGUGGGCCCGAUUAAGGUGACCGUACAGGAACUCGACGGGUCCUUCAACCACACUUUACAAAUUGAAGAGAACAGUCUCAAGCAUGAUAUCCCAUGCCAUUCAAAGAGUAGACGAAACAAAAAGAAGAAGAUUCCUCUGAUGAAUGGAGAGGAGGUGGACAUGGACCUAUCUGCAAUGGAUGCCGACUCUCCAUUACUGUGGAUUCGGAUUGACCCAGACAUGUCCAUCCUGCGCAAGGUGGAGUUUGAGCAGGCGGACUUCAUGUGGCAGUACCAGCUGCGCUAUGAGAGGGAUGUGGUGGCCCAGGAGGAGGCCAUCUCUGCCCUGGAGAAGUUUUCCACGCCAGCCUCCCGCCUGGCGCUAACUGACAUCCUGGAGCAGGAGCAGUGCUUCUAUAAAGUGCGCAUGCAGGCCUGCUUCUGCCUGGCCAAGAUUGCAAACUCCAUGGUGAGUACGUGGACGGGGCCCCCUGCCAUGAAGUCCCUCUUCACCCGGAUGUUCUGCUGCAAGAGCUGCCCCAACAUCGUCAAGACCAAUAACUUCAUCAGCUUCCAGAGCUACUUCUUACAAAAGACUAUGCCAGUUGCCAUGGCUUUGCUCCGAGAUGUGCAGAACCUCUGUCCAAAAGAGGUCCUGAACUUCAUUCUGGACCUCAUCAAGUACAACGACAACAGGAAGAACAAGUUCUCGGACAAUUACUACCGCGCCGAGCUGAUCGACGCCUUGACCAACUCUCUGACCCCGGCCAUCAGCAUCAGCAACGAGAUCCGCACGGUGGACAACCUGAACGCCGACGUGCGUCUGAUCCUGGAGGAGAUCACCCGCUUCCUCAACAUGGAGAAGCUGCUGCCCAGCUUCCGGAACACCAUCACGGUCAGUUGCCUUAGAGCCAUCCGUAUGCUGCAGAAAACCGGCCACAUCCCCAGUGAUCCUUCGCUGUUCAAGUCCUACGCAGAGUAUGGCCACUUUGUGGACGUGCGCAUCGCUGCGCUCGAAGCCGUCGUGGAUUACACCCGAGUUGACAGGAGUUCCGGGGAACUGCAGUGGCUGCUCAACCUGGUCCAGAAUGACCCAGCGCACUACAUCAGGCACAAGAUUUUAAGCAUGCUGGGUAAAAACCCACCCUUCACCAAAGCCAUGGAGUCAUCCCUCUGCAGCGAAGCUCUGGUAGACCAGUUGUGGAAGCUAAUGAACUCAGGUACCUCUCAUGACUGGCGGCUGCGCUGUGACGCGGUGAACCUGUACUACACCCUGUUUGGCCUCACCCGGCCCUCCUGCCUGCCCCUGCCGGAGCUGGGCCUGGUGCUCAACCUCAAGGAGAAGAAGGCUGUCCUCAACCCCACCAUCAAACCCGAAACCGGGUCUGGCGCCAGCACCGUGGAGACGGGCGCCCCCGGAAACUUCCACAACCCUGCCCUGGGCUUCCCCAGCAGUAUGGAGGAGGAGCACAUGGCAAUGGAGCCGCCCCCGAGUGUCAUGGCUCCGCCCCCGCAGGGCCUGAAGAGGAAAGCCGAGACCCCGCUGGGAUCCCCGCCCGAGCCAGGACAGGUGCUGCAGGACGAGGGCCGCAGGAGAGACAAACUGCAGAUCAGAUUCAAUCCCCAAGAGGAGGAAGAUAUUGACAUGGAUACAGUCCAUGACAGCCAAGCCUUCAUUUACCACCAUCUCAACAUGCUGGAGAGGCCUUCUACACCAGGUAAAGAACCACCAUCUGUGGAGCAGGCCAUUCUAUCCAUGCCGGCGACACCCCUCCCCGUCUUCAGCAAGGAGAGUAACUCUUCCUCCAAGCACAGUGACCACCACCACCAUCACCACCACCACCACGAACACAAGAAGAAGAAGAAGAAGCACAAACACAAGCAUAAGCACAAGCAUAAGCACGACAGCAAGGACAAGGACAAAGACAAGGACAGGGACGCGCAUGGGGCCAUCAACAGCCCUGCCAGUGGCCGGUCCCUUCGCUCGCCCUCCCUCUCCGACUGAGGCCCGAGACUACCAAACACCAACCUCUAAGACCUGGCCCAUCAGCCCUCCUCUCGACCCCCCAGCGUGUCGCCGGCCACACAAAGGUGGCCUUUUCCUGCCGUGCAUCCCAAAAUGAAUGGCCACUUGGUCCCUCAUCAUGCAGAACCACGGACUACUAAGGCUCAGCCUAACCGCCAUUUUGGUUGAUAGUUUUUAUAUUUACAAUUUUCACCUUCGGUCUAAUCACACUCUUGAAUUUCAGCAUGACUGGUUUGUGUCGGUUUUCAUGAGGUCUGAGUAUUUACUGUAAGCCAACUAAAUGUCGGGCUUGCAUUUUAAGGAGGAAGAAGGAAAAUGAGAAAUACUUUCUCCGUGUUACCUCCUCCAUGGACAUCGUUUUAGCCUCUGUCCACAUCAAUCUUAAAAUUCCCAAAUAUUCUGCUUGUUGUAUUCAUGUUUUUGUAUCUGCAGUAAAGUUUCUGCCUGCGCAAUUGACAUGGAUGCAGUUAUAUUUGAUGUUCAGGCCUUCAAUUUAAGACUAUUGCCAUAUUGUUACCUUUAUUUUUUCUGUAAAUCCAAGAAGAAAAUUUGGGUCACUUCCUGGGCUGAUUGAUAUAGCACAUGAGCAUACUGUACAAAUUCCACCUGAGCCUUAACUCAUUAUGUACUUCAUAAAUUUUCAACCAUGCUUGAUUUUGCCCCAUGUACAUAACUUUUUUCUCUUUUUAGUAUUGCAUCGUUAACAGGCUCACUUGGUCUUCUUUAUUGCAUAGGGUAGAUCUUUUUGUAUUUUUUUUGUAUUUUCCAUUUUACUGUCAUGAUAGAAUAACAGCCACAUUAACCAUGGCAAUUAGCAUGAGCAUAUUUGCCAUGUAUAUAUCUUUUAGGUAUUCCUGAUUAAUAAAGUGUUUUGUAGAUUA